AUGGGUAAGUGUACAAAAGAAGAUAGGGGCGCACAUUGCGAUCCUACAACUGGCGUUCGAGGAAGAACUGGAGGAUACGACUGCUUCGCACUUCUGGAUAGCUGGGAUAGCCUGGAAGGGCCGGAGAGAGAGGCGGAACGGCCGCGGACGAUGACCUACGUACGGAAGGGCAAAGCGCUCCACGCCCAACAAAAGCGAAUGAGACCGAGCCGCGAUUUCCUUUGGGUAGAGGUAAAUGGAAUCCAGAUAUUGAAUAUAUAUAGACAACCAGGCACUAGAGAUAUGAUAGAGCUCACAAAAGCUCUAGAGUAUCCCGAUGGCACAGUAAUCGGAGGUGACUUCAAUGCAAAGCAUGAGUUGUUAGAACCAGGCGUUACUACUUCCGAUCAAGGCGCUCUCCUGGCAGAAUGGCCAGCAAUGAGCGGUAUGGAGUUUACUGGCGCACCGGGAGUCCCCACACAUCUGGCUGGCCAUAUGAUUGAUCUUACCUUUUCAAACAUCCAAUUCGCUGACUCUAUAGUAGCUGCAGAGCUGAAUAGCGGAUCCGAUCACGAGACACAGAUUACAACCAUAUCCAACAACAGAUGAGUGAUCGAGAAACCUAUUGGCAGAAUGGUUAGCGAUAAUAAUCUACCGAAGUUUCAAGGUAUUAUACGCAAUGGGGCUGCCGGCAUGCUGAGCCCACUGGGCAUGUCUAGUGGACGAACUCGUAGAGGAGGUUGGCAAGAUGUUCGAGACAGCGAUCCGGCUAACAGGCAAAGAGAAGAACAAUACAGGGCGCUCAGCCCCCUGCUGGUCCAUGGAAUGCCGCGAAGCGCACCAAGCGCUCCGCUCUGAUAGAACAACUCAAUCGGAGAACCUAGAGCGAUGCCGCCGAGAUAUGAUGACAAUGGUCCGACUGGCGAAGAGGCAAUGUUGGCACAAGAUCAUCGAUGGGGUGUCCAACGAUAAAGAACUGUAUAAGGUAGUCGGCUGGCAUAAGCUCUCCGCUAAUCUUAAGGCCCCUCCUCUGGUGGUGGAUGGGCAGGUAAUCGAAGACACAGCCGCCAAGGCGCGUAUCCUUCAGCAAGAGGCCCUCGGGCGAUUGGACAGUAGCGACGAUCUACCGCAGGACCCUCUACGCCCGGGCCGCAUUGCAGGAAAACUAACUGGCCCACUUGUAUAUCACCUGAAGAAGUAGAGAAAAGCGUCAUCGGGGUCCUAAGCACCUCUCCGGGACCGGAUCAGGUCACAGUACGGCUGCUCAAAACAUGCUGGGAUAUGCGAUCUACUGGGGACAAUCCCUAGUCGCUACAGGUUCAGGCGCAAUUGAUAACCUCUCACACGUCUUCGACACUGAGGCAAUAGGAGCAUUGAAAAGCCUGAAACACACUCUACAGCUUGAUCCGCUUGACUCUAGCCCUAUCACUAUGUGGAUUGAUAGUACAUCGGUAAUCUGGUGCCUACGCGGCAAUGCCCUAGCAUCCUCACAAUGGGCAUCCCUGGAGUGCCACAAAGCGAUGCAAGAGAGGUAGGUGCACAUUAGGUGGUCCCCAGAGCAUACAGAGAUAGAGGGCAAUGAGCGAGCAGAUCGCUUAGCAGACCGGAAGCUCGGAGCGGCCGGAUCGCUAACGAUAAUUCUGCGCAUCCAACCAUCAGUAGUAUAGGGUCAACCGCCCGGGCGCUGAAGAGGAAUGUGGAGUAAACUUGGUGGACACGAAACAAGGUCAUACUUGCAGGCAGACACCGCCGCUGGCGAAUGGAAUACAGCACAAAAGAACCAAGGGAGUUAACACUCCCCCGAUCGAUCCUCCAGUGCAUAGUAGCUCUGCGCUCGGGGCAUGGGGACUUCUCAUCGUAUCAUCGCAGAUUUGGACACACUAAUGCUGCUCUGAAGUGCUCCUGCGGAUACGACAAGGAACCGGAACACCUAGCCCUAUGCCGGCACUCCCGUGCUUAUUUCAACGAUUGGCCGUUCAAGCCGGAGGCUAUGCCGCGAUGCACUAAUUGCGCGAUCGAAUAUAUCACACAGCUACUCCUUAGACCAGAAUACUUUGUAAGCUCCCUAAGCAUUAAUGGGAACUACGAACGGGCAGAGGAGCUCCAGCCCGCCCCCCCGCGAAUAGUAGGCACCGGUCUAUACAGACUAGCGGGGCUGUACCCCCAGAGCCGAGCCCCCCGCUCUUCCUUGUAACUCACUACGAACCCUCAAACAAAACCGAUCACUAUACCCUAGCAGUAUCCACGACUCUGGCUACUCAGCAUGAAGUGAGCGAUCCAGCCCGAUAUUGUUCAAGCGGAGAGCGAGCGGCAGUAACCCACCAGAUACGCACUGGCCGCUCACCCCGUCCGCAGAAGAGCGGAACGUGUGGCUAGUUUACACACUGCAUUGUACAAUAGAGUGACUAGACUAGCCCAUCCCUAGUACCCCCUGUGAGGUCGUGGUAGGCCUUAUGCCUAUCCCUGGAUGUAAAGCUAUUAAGUAAAUAAAUAAAUAAAUAUGACUUAUGAGUGGUGGCUAAGUAAAAUAUAUCGGGAACAGGAGUAACUUGGUAAAUUAUGACUUGGCGAAUAUACAUUACUAAGCACCAAAACAUGACGUCGUCUCUUCACAUCGGAGUAACUCCCAGACUACACUAUUUUCCUCAUUGAGUAUCUUCAAAAUUUGGGAAUUGUGUUUCUUGGAUAUAUAACCUUUCCCCAGAUGCUCCGAAUUUUCAAAAACUCCAAUAGUCGCGAUCAAGCAGAGGGGAACAGCCGAAGCGGCGAUCGGUGGCGUCAUUAAAACGAUCAAUAGUAUGGUCAACCACAGUCUUUUUCUUAUUGCUCAGUGGUUUCCUUGAGACGAAUAGUAAUAAAAAGUGGGACAUUAACAAAAAAUUCGUAAAAUUACUAAGAAAAGAUUUAUGAUUCUAAAACUAUAGAUUCGUCUCAUCACAGAGUGCGUCUCGCUACACAGGGACGGUCGUUAGUCUUGCAAAUUGUUAAUGAUAACUCAUU